UAGGUUCUAAUGGACGGUCAGGACAGGGCCUGUGUCCUGUCACGCCCCGGUGCAUUGUGGUCCAUCUACAUCUCCUCUGGGCUCCUGGCGGGGGCGCGCGCGCGCGGGGCGAAAGCUCCAUCUUUCCAUCGCAAAGCCCAGAGUGAAACACACACACACACACACACACACACACAGAGCAAAAGGCAGUUGAUGGGGGAAGCUUUUUAUUUUUAUUUUUAAAGGGACAGAGCCGAAUUGCAGCGAGCCACAAACGGAUUUUUUUUUGUCUUCAUCCUGUACCUGUCGGGAAGUUCAACCGGAACCGGGAGGAUGUGUCGGAGUGCUGUUUGGAAGAUAAAAACAUCCUAAUUUCAGGGAGGAAUUAAUAGAAAAGAAAAAAAGAAAGGCUCUCGUCAAUUCUCUUCUGGUCUCAGCUGCACUAGCGUUAGCUUUAGCAUUAGCGGUAGCAUUAGCGCAUUAGCAUUAGCGCCCCCCUCCUCCUCCACUCUUCAUCUUGGCCCUGGUUUUUUUGAGACAUUUCUAUAUGGUUCCUAGUUUCUUUAAAUCAGCCAGCCUUCGACUGAUAAAACCGGCGGCUUGCUGGGGGCUAUGUUAUGCGGGCCUACAUGUCUCUCAGCGACGGGAUAAUAAUACGUAAUCAUGCAAAUCAUACUGGCUCUGACAUGUUGGCCAAGCAUCUGAUGGGAUUUUUGACUAUAAACUGAUCAUCCUGAAAGAAAAUGAGAAUCAUCCACUUCCGGACGGAGCAAUCCCAUGACCCGGAGAGUCGUCUCUUGCUGUGCUGAAUGUGCGUGCUGCACGGUGGCCUGCAGUGCGCUUGCACUGUAAUCAUGUGUUUUUUACUCUAAGGUGCUUUUUGUUUUGCAUAUGUAGCCCAUGAACUUCAUCACAACUCUCAUGGCUCUGAUUGGUCAGAGACCGACAUGGGAAUCCCCAUCUGCAUUUAGUAGCAGCGCGAUGAGGCUCAUCAGAGGCGUGGUCCCACUGUGAGCCUGCCUCACGUGCACCAAGCCUCCCCCCCCCACCCCCGGAAACACAAUUCGCCGCAGCCGGUUUCUUUAGCGGAAAGUUGUAGCGCUCUGUCCUCCCGUUUCCGAGAGACACGAUGACAAGUAGUGUUGGGACAGUGAAGAACGUGUAAUCUCUCCGGCGGAGUCAAGCGCUAACCCAGAAAAAUGAAUGGAGGAAAGGAGAGUGAGAGAGGGGAGGGGGAGGGGCAGCCUAUGCCUACCCAGGUGCCCAUUGGCUGGCACCGAAAGGUGGAGUCCUCUGGGGUUGUCUAUAUCAGUCCCAGUGGAUCAGUGCUGUCCAGCCUUGAACAGGUGAAGUCCUACCUUCUCACGGAUGGAACCUGUAAGUGUGGCCUGGAGUGUCCACUCAUCCUCCCCAAGGUGUUUAAUUUUGAUCCUGGGGCCACUGUCAAACAGAGGACUGCAGAGGAUGUGAAGGCUGAUGAGGACGUCACAAAGCUUUGCAUCCACAAGAGAAAGCUCAUAGCUGUAGCCACUCUGCAUAAAAGUAUGGAGUUACCGCAUCCCUCCUUAACGCUGACUGGUCCCAGUGGAGGCACAAGUGCUGUGACGUCCAUGGCCCCUACCAUCCAGCGGUCUGCAACCCCUCGAGCAAUAAGGAAUAAGUCCCACGAUGGGCUGCCCAACUCAACACUACCUGACUGUAAGAACCCUUUCAAGAUGAUGAUGGCAGCAGGUCAGCGACACUACUCUGCAGAUAUGAGCAGUGCUCAGCAGCCAGAGCAUUAUUCUGGAUACCCUCGACAAAGAUUGGGCAGUAAUGAGCCAGGGCCUAAGUCACCCUACCGAAGUGGACCAGGAGGCAUGCUGAGCCCUUCGUCAGGUUUGCAGGGGUAUGGGGAUGGCUCCCUGUCCCCUAGAACAGACUCUUUGGGUAGUCCAGAUGGAUUUGCAAGAAGCAAUCCCUGUGGCUAUCAGGCGGCUGGCAGUCCCAGCCCAAUUCAUGGUAACCACAGGACACCCAUGUCCCCUCCUGGUGUUAUGAUUCAUGGUUCUCCUGCCACUCAGUUGUCCUGUGCCAUGGCUGGAAGGACUAACACACCUCUUUCCCCCCCAGUCCCCAACAAAAGCCCUAUCAUGAAAAAGCCACACUGUAAUGUUAGCUACCCACCUAACAUGGAUAUGACCAGAGCAGUAUUUCACCAUAAGCCCCAGUCUGCACCUCACCCUGUUCCUCCCUCUGUUAUGCCCCCCACAUGUGCGGUCCAGAAAAAACAGAUGACUUCUGAGAAGGACCCUCUGGGAAUUUUAGAUCCCAUUCCCAGCAAACCUGUCAUUCAAAGUCCCAUGGCAAAUCCAAGCCCAUCCAACUUCCAGCCCAACGCCCACUCUCAGGUACCAAUGAUGAAUGUAAACAUCCCUCCUGCCAUUGUCCCGUUGCCAAGCAACCUUCCAUUGCCAACGGUGAAGCCUGGGCCAGUUGGUCAUGGUGGACACAUGCAGAGGUCUCAGCAUGGAACAGCCACCUCCAUCUCCCCCUCACCAGUGACGUCUCCUGUGCACAUGUCUGGGCCAGCACUGGGCCGCAUGGAAGCAUCUCCACAGCGAUCCCGUUCCUCUUCCACCUCAUCAGAGCAUGGGAGCUUUGCCAUGCCCUCAGGGCCUCAGGUCCCAUGUGGCAGCAUUAAGGUUCCACCACGCUCACCCAGAUCCUCCAUGGGUUCACCCAGACCCACUAUGCCUUCCAGCCCCUCUUCCAAGCCUGACACACUCCAUCAGUACAAAGAUCCCAACCAAGUUCUGUCUGGAAUGAAUAAUGCGAUCAGCAGUCAGCACAACUCCAUGUUUCCCCCAGCCUCAGGCGGUAGUGCCCCCCAGAAGAACCACCCUGGACUACUGGGCAUGCCUCUUAACCAGAUCUUCAACCAACACAAUUCUGCCUCUUUCCCUGCCAGUAGUCUACUCUCAGCAGCAGCCAAAGCACAGCUAGCAAAUCAAAACAAACUUGGUGGUAGCAGUGGUGGGAUAGGUGGCAGUGGUGCUGGUAUGGGUGUUGGCACAGGAAUGGGUGCAGGGGCUGGUGGAAUGGGGAAUGGAAGUUCUGGUCUUGCCACUGGUAGUAAUAAUGGAAAUGGUGGCAGUGGGAUGCCUUGUCCUAUUGGUGGUGGAAAUAGUGGUAGCAGGGGUGUUGAAGGGCCCAGCACUUUAAAUCCCAUGUUGCCACCCAGCUCAACCAUUCUAAUGCCCAUGCCCGAGGGCCAAAGUGGACGUGCGGCUCUGCGAGACAAGCUAAUGGCUCAGCAGCGUGAUCCUCUUCGUAAGCGCAAGCAACCUCCUAAUGCUAGCAGCCAUGACAACAUGGUCUUCAGCAUGAUGAAACCGGACAUGAGUGGUCCCAGGCCAACUUGCCCUCCUCCGGAGCAAAUGAGAAAGGUGCCCCGGCUUGGAGGUCUACCUCCUAACACCUCCAUGGCCCAGCUACUCCAGUCGAUGAGCAACCAGAGCUCCCACAUGGCCAGGGGUAGUCGUCCAUUACCUGCAGUUGGCCCUAGUCAGAUGCACUUUGGAGAGGGUGCCGUGCCUCCUGGAAUGACCCAACAAAGCAUGCAGUUACAGCAACGGCUUCACAGUCAGUCAGACCCAAUGCACUGUCCGAGCAUGGAGUCUGGAGCACAAGGGCCUCCGACUCCAUUCCCUGGGAUGAUUAACCAGAUACAAGCCACAGCUAUGGGGAACUGUGGACCAUUGGCCCAGAGUGGGCAGGUUCCUCUAGGACAUCCUUCUAUGGGACACCCAAGCACUCACCCACAGCAACUGUCUCAUGUACAUCAACAGCAACAAGGCAUUCCUCAUGGACACAUCCGGCCGAAUAUGUCCUGUAUGGUACCCAACAGCAAUGAUGCUAGUUGUGCCCAAGCCAUGUCUGACACAGGUAAUGCAGUGGCGCUGAACUGCAGUAUAGGUAAUCCUCAGAUGGGCAGCAUCAUGAGCAGUACAGGACACAUGUACCAGCAGCACCAACUGCAUCCAGCACUCCAAAGCAUGCAUAGGGUCUCCCCCUACCAGACCCAGGGGCACGCUUAUUCUGAAACAUCUUUUCCUGAGAAUAAUGCCUCCAACAGCAUGGGCUGUCUGUACCAGGACUACCAGGGAUGCAUGCCAGACGGCACCCCGAUCUCCCACACGCAGAUGAGUUCACAGCCUGGUGUGACAUCGCUUCCUGCUGAGCCAGGAAUGUUCCAGGAAGGUCAGCAAGAGCUCCGGGGGCAGAAUGAGGUCACGUUGGCAGCAGGUGCCGGAGGACAGGGGUCAGAGCAGUUGCCAGGUGCCGGCACGGAGGCGGUUGAUGCCCUGUACCGGACUGCAGUGGACACAGCCAGUAAAGGCAUGCAAGUGGGUAUCACCACGACAACGGCGGGCAGCAGUGGGACACAGGCCAGCCCUGUACCUGCGCUCAGAGCCAUGACUGCCUUCACCGCCUCCAUCGGAGAGCCGCACGGCUUGCCGCAUGCCGUCAACGCCGUCAUCCAUGGGCCACGCGGGCACGAAGGCACAGACGUGCUGGUGCAGCCCUGCGCUAGACCUCCACCCCCGACUCGAAACGAUCGUGCACGCAGAAGCUCCGAGCAGGGCAAGUGCACGCCUGACAGCACGGACACACACGACUACUUCCGCUCGCCCGGGCAGCAGUGGGAAGAGCCUGGUCACGCCCACUGGAGAGGGGAUGAGUUUCUGGAAUGUUCGGCACAAGUGCGGAGCAGCCCGUGCAGUGACGGCGGAGAGAGGGCAGCGAGUGGCACAGAUACGAACCCGCAAUGCCACGAGUCGUCUGAGCCGGCAGGUGAUGGAAAUCCUGGAAACUUCCGGUACAACCAGCUUCCCCUCCACGUCAAUUUCAAAGAGCGGCUGGAGCAGACGGUGGAGCGUUGCGCUCACAUAAACGGCGGUCCGCCUCUGUGUGUGCGAGGCAGCUAUAACGAACCGCUUACAGGUGAUGACCAGUCCCCCAGCUCCUCCACCAGCUUGGAGGGACCACUGCUGAAGGACUACACCCACUUCAACGGGCACUUUAAUGGGCACUGUGCACCCAGCCCCUCAGACACCAAGAGUCUGAGCAGUGAGGAGGAACUGCGUCACCCGGAUUCACCCUCUGCCGAGCUUCUGCACUACCGGCCGAGAGGCUUCAACGUGGGCGAACUUGUCUGGCCAAUUAAAGGUUUCCCUCCUUGGCCUAACAAACUAGUAGGGGAGGAGCACGGCCACAAUCCCAGCAUGCAACUGUCCGACCAGGCCAAGGUGGAGCCUGAGAAGCUGAAAACACUAACCCAGGACCUGGAGGCACUGAACAGAGCUGCCAAGAGGAACAGAAUAGCUGGGAAAUUGAAUAAUCAUUUAGAAGCUGCUAUCCAGGAAGCCAUGAGUGAGCUGGACAAGAUGUCAGGCACUGUUCAUCCAAUGUCCUCAAGAGAGCGAGAACGGCAGAUGAAACUGCCCAAACCUAAAAGGAGGAAGAUCUCCAGAUAACAGAGAGAGAGAAGCAACCAGAACAGAAUCCAGCCUCACAGAAUCCAAACACACACGUUGUGUUCUCGCUCCAUCUCUCUCUGUCUCUCUCUCUCUCUCUCUCUCUCUCUGUUCAAACUCAGACCUGGUGCUAUAUCCUAGCAGAUGGCUCAUUGAGGCCCCGCCCUCACAAAGUGACUGACAGGUGCUGGAUAAAGCCAAUCAGAAAUGGUGGCGAUUUGACUACAAACUCACUGAAGAACUAUUUUUUUCUAGAAUACAAAGAAAAUAUGGAAAAAAAAAGAAGAAAAAAAAAUUACUGCAUUUAAGAGAAUAGACAGUCCAAAUAUUUCUGAUACAUUUUCAAUGUGUAUAUAGACAAUACAGAAAUUUCAUGGUGAAAUCUUGGGAAGAAAUGUAAAUAUUGUACGAUAAUGCCAUGUACAAGCAGACAAUGCAUACUUUAUCUUCAGUUGUACAAAAAGGAAAAAAAAAAAGAAAGAAAUCAAAGCAGAAAACGUCUACCAAUGUGCUGGUUUCUAUUCAGUUCUCGGCCCAUAUGGCCACGUGUGAAUAGGACGAAAUAGAGUCAGUUGGACGAUUUUAUGUGUUUCUUUUGGAGUGUGUGUGUGUGAACGUGUGUGUGUGUUUGGCUAUAACUGGCAGGAAUGGAGAUAACCUUAAACAAUGUCAUACACUCAUGAGAGUGUAACAAAGUGGCUGUUCACAGCUGUGUGUGUGUGUGUGUGUGUGUGUAGUCGAGUGGACUUCACCAGCCAAACAUGGACAUGCUCCGUUUGCAGCACCGAUUAAAGUGUUUGGACCCCUGUAACUUCUACUAUUGAACACUACCAGGACACGCUUCUCAAUCCUGGCCGUUUAUUUCUCUUGUGAGAUUGGAAAUAUUCCAUAUAAUAUACAGGCUGUCGAUCAAAACAAAAACAAACAAGCGUAUCGAUGAACCGCCGAACCUCGUCCAGGUCAACUAGAAACAUCACACUGAUGUGUUUCAGUGACCUGUCGUCGAGGUAUUGGGGUAGUUUUGCAGUUUUGGGGCCUUAUAUUUUAUUUUCUUAUGUUUUUAAAAAGAUAAAUUAUUUCUGUACAGUAUUCUGUAUUUAUUUGAGCUGUUCUUGGCAAUAAUGCAACCCUGAGCGAACGCUCUGUAAAGCCUUACAUGUGUAUGUAUAAAGCUUAUAUCUAUAUGUAUCACUCUUCCUCGAGAGUUACAGCCUUCGUAUUCAGUAUUAUUCCUCUAACAGAUUAACAAAUCUAUUUUUUUUUUGGGCCCCUCGCAGUGUCAUAGCUUGUUGUAUAUCGGUGUUAAUGUUACUCUUUUAUUUCCGUUGCAGCGGUGUGUGUAGGUCAGCGUGAUGAUUCUGCCCCGACUCGGGGGGCCGAGCUGUCCUUCGGAAUUCACUUCUUCGAGAAGAAGGUUUUUUUUUUGGUUUUUUUUAUCAAUGUAGUACACAGUGUUAUUGUUUAUCUGUGUAACAGUAUAUCUGACCAAUGGAGGUCAGAGAGAAAGAGAUUACAGAGUAGAAAGGAGCACGACGUCAGGUACAAGUUUCACAUAGCGGAGAUCCGUUAGCACAGAAAGACACGGCUGACCUCAAGGCAGUGCUCACUGUCGGACUGUAGAAGAGAAAUGGACAGAGAGAAGUGUAACGGAGGACAGCGGUAGGUGCUGUGCCAAGAGGCGCACUAGUGACUGGCUGCAGUCCUUGGCCUCCUUGUUAGAGCGCCCACCUCCCAUGCUGGAGACCUGGGUUUGAGACCUGCUUGAAGCGGUUGUGAUGGAACACUACAGUCUUAUUUCAAAACACUAAGGGGGACACGAUCGUGGCCGGAUUCCUCCCUAACUCCUGUAUGUACCGACCGAAGGCGGGAGAGCAGAAUCAGCCUUGCUCUCGCCGUCACUGUCCACCGUCGAUCAGAAAGAAACGAGCCAAUCGUGAGCGUCUGUGAGAUUACGUAUGAGGAAGAUGGUAGAUAGCACUUUCUUCCUGUGGUGUAGCCGCAGUUUCGAAAAGCACAUCUUCGUCUUCUUCACGCUCUCUGUUAUGGUUGCUGAAGAAGAGCCUCCUGGUGGGUGGGGUUCAGGCAUUGGGGCAGUCAGUACAAUGAGGCAUUUUGUGUGUGUGUGUUGGAGGUGUUGCUUGAUGAAAAAGCUGACUGUACCUUUAAGAGUUUACCUCGUGUAGGAGGUUAAAUAAGAGGAAUUAUGAGUUCUAAGAUAUCUAACCUUGCUAUCAGGAGCAGGUCCGAUCACGAUGUAUCAAUAGCGACUAGCAAAACAUUUUAGUAUUGUGUAAAAGUGUGUGUGUGUGUGUGUGAGGAAAUAUAGUUACACACAGGGAGUGUUUUUCACAUUCCCGCAGUCGUAUUGUUUCUGCCGUUAUUGUUUUUUUUCUUUAUCUUUAUAGGAAAGACACUACUACGAGUUUCCGAGUGCAAUAUAAUAACAGAAUAUGGAUCUGAUCUGAAAGCAGCCAUGUUGUGUCAUCUGAAUGAAUGUCCUGAACUUUUUCAUCAACGUCUGUCCGGUCACAAAGUCAGGUUUACUCAACUCUAAGAUGCUUUACUGGUGUUUUUGUUUUUGUUUUUCCCGUGCUGAAGUCUGCACUGUGCGCAUGCCCGAGGUCCUGGUGAAGUCCACUCCGAACACAGAACCCAGCCCUGUCUUUUUCACUCAGUGUCUCAAGGUCAAAAAACCCCAGUUUUGUGUUCAGAUACUCAGUGUUGUCCAUGGCUUUCUGCUUUAUCUAUGUUCGCUCACUCCCCCCCCCCCCCCCCCCCCCAAGAUUUAUUUUUCUUUCUUUCUUUCUAUCUUUCAUCUCUUUGCUCGCUCUUUAUCUGACCGCUACGACCGGUCGUCAGCACGGAAAGGGGGGUUUCUUUCUCCUCCCGAGCCGACAUGUAUCCGAGUAUAUAUUUUCUCAUGGAUAUAUAUACUUUACAGACUUUGCAAAGUAUGUUGUGCACUUGAUUUGAUUUGUUUCAGCUAGCUAUGAUGCUGAGGUUAGGGAUAGUUUGUUGAAGUCCAUCAUUUCCUAUUGCUCUUUUUGUUUGUUUGUUUGUUUUUGUUUUUCUUUCAUUGUUUUUUUUUUUUUUUUUAGAUUUUUAUGGGUUGUCCUGAACAGCAGUUUUGUAAAUAUUGUGAACAUUACAGGUCAUACUGUGAUGUAACAUUGAAAUAAUG